UUUAAGAGCGGGAGCGCGUGAGGAGCGGCGGCGGCGGCGGCGGCGGCGACGGUAAUGGAGGCGGGCGGCCCGGCUGUGGUGAGCCAGUGGGACGAGUGCUUCCAGGCGGCGGUGCAGGUGGCCCAGCGAGCGGGACAGGUCAUCAGAAAAGCCUUCACAGAGGAAAAACAUGUCUCGACAAAGACAUCUGCGGCAGAUCUUGUGACAGAGACGGACUGCCUCGUGGAACAUCUGAUCAUUUCUGAGCUGCGAAAGCAGUUUCCUUCACACAGGUUCAUCUCCGAGGAGGCCACGGCCGCCGGGGCCAAGUGUGAGCUCACCUCCAGCCCGACCUGGGUCAUCGACCCCAUCGAUGGAACCUGCAACUUCGUGCACGGGUUCCCCAACGUGGCGGUCAGCAUUGGAUUUGCUGUUCAUCAAGAGGUACACAGUGGUCCUCCUGCUUGCUCUCUGCCGCGUGCCUCAGCCGUACGGAAGAAAGCCAACUGGAGUUCGGCGUGGUUCACCACUGCAUGGAGGAGCGGCUGUACAUGGCCCGUCGGGGCCGCGGCGCCUUCUGCAACACCCAGCGGCUGUGCGCCUCGAGGGAGACAGGUGGGCUCCGGGGAAGAAGCGCUGUGGGCCUGGGGGCUCCCAGACCUCACGUCUGGAAUCCCCGGUCGGCGCCAUGGUGGGGGCGGAGUCUCCUCCGAGGGCCCUCCCGUUUGUUCAGGGACCUGGGUCCAUGGUGCACCAGAACCCGGGUCUGCCUGUCCAUCGGUGUGGCCGAUGGGCCAGGGGCUCCAUGGAGUCCUGUCCGCCUUGCACUCACAUUUGUCACCAUUAAAGCGGGAACCCGGUUGCCAGGGCGACUUGAUCUCCAUGGGGACUGGGGAACGUGCUGAUGUGCUUCCUCACAGGACUAAACAAAAUUUUCCCCCAAGAUGACUUUUUUUUCAACUUAGGUCAGAGUCAAAAAUAGCUGUGUUACAGUGAACCACUGAGUGACAUUGAGCACAUCCACGGUGCUGUGUGCCACGUGCUGUAGCAAGUUCUAAAACCUUCCCCACUCCACAGGGACAGAAACCCUGUGCCCCUAAAGUGGCGUCCCUGCUCUGUCUCCCCAGGCCCUGCAGUCUGCUCUGUCUAGAACUUACGCUUUUUAGGUAAAGGAAGUGGUUUUAUUUUCACGUGGGUAGAGUGCAGCGGUCCCUGAGGUUGGGGCACGUUUGUCACAAGACCACUGGUGGAAGUGCUGUCCCAGGAGCGCACAUCCAACAGAGCCAGGCCGGAUGGGGCAUCCUUGAAGGGGCGCGGGGACCCCGAGUGAGCUUCGCCCCACCACUGCCCUGGAACCAGCAGGGCCGUGCGACCAGGGCCUGAAACCCCAGGCACCUCGAGCCAAACUCUCUCCUCAUGGAGUUGUCAGGGCCAUUGUCACAGCGACGAAAAGCUAACCUGUCUUCCUCUCAAGCGUGACAUCUCCAGAAAGACAAGCAGGACACUUGGAUACUCAGGGUGUCUUAACUUAGUACUACUUAACCAGAGCAGAGCUUUCAGAUGGUCAAAAAAUCAGACCAGUUUUUUUGUUUGCCCUAAAUUCUGCUUUAUUGAAAAAAUACACAAAAAUGCCCUACUUAAAAAUCUAGUAGGUUUUUGUUGCUGUGGUAGAAAUGUUAAACAUAAAAUUUGGCACUUCACUCAUUCAUUAACAAGCUAUUUGAUGGCAUUGCUUGAACCACAGUGUCAUGUAACCCUCACAGUGAUAGAUUUCUGAAAUUUUCGUCACCUCGAGCAGGAAGUCCAUUCCUACCAUCCCACCUCCCAUGAAAUCACAGAUUAUUUUAAGUUAAAUCUGUCUAUAUAUUGGCAUCUGACUAGGAGCUAAAAUAUUAUGACAAAUAUAAGACAAAGAGAAAUAAAAUACAAAAAUCACAAAA